AUGGGUGGGAUAAAUAAAGACGAUGUUGAGAAAUACUUAGAGAACAACCCCCAGUUUGCCAAGGAGUAUUUCGACCGAAAGCUGAGGGCAGAAGCGCUGGGAACCAUCUUCAAAGUCAGUCCUGGAGAAGUGAAGGAUGGAGUUUCCUUCAAGGAGAUGUCCCGGGUGGAGGAGUCUCAUGUGCUCUUUGAGUUGCUGACAGAAAUCCAGGAGGAAGAAAGCAGCAUGGAGAAGAUAGUGCACAAGGCCCUGCAGAGGCUGGCACAGCUGGUGGCAGCUGACCGGUGUAGCAUGUUCAUCUGCCGUGCCCGCAAUGGCAUCCCUGAGGUUGCCACCAGGCUUUUCAAUAUCACCGCCACCUCCAAGUUUGAGGAGAACCUGGUAGCCCCAGACAGUGAGAUUGUUUUUCCUCUGGACAUUGGGAUAGUGGGAUGGGUUGCUCAUACCAAGAAGUUUUUUAAUGUACCUGACGUGAAAAAGAAUAACCAUUUUUCUGACUUUGUGGACAAGCAAACUGGUUACACAACUAACAGCAUGCUGGCAACCCCUAUUAUGCAGGGCAAGGAGGUGCUUGCUGUUGUGAUGGCACUUAACAAAAUAAAUGCCCCUGAAUUCUCUAAAGAGGAUGAAGAGGUCUUUAAGAAAUACCUCAAUUUUGUUUCUGUUGCCAUAAAACAAUACCAUAUCACAUAUCUCUACAAUAUUGAAACCCGAAGAAGUCAGAUGCUUUUAUGGUCUGCCAACAAAGUAUUUGAAGAACUGACAGAUAUUGAGCGACAGUUUCACAAAGCACUGUACACUAUUCGAAUGUAUUUGAACUGUGAAAGAUACUCUGUUGGUCUGCUGGAUAUGACCAAAGAGAAGGAGUUCUAUGAUGAAUGGCCAAUCAAGCUGGGAGAAGCAGAGCCUUAUAAAGGACCAAAAACACCCGAUGGCAGAGAAGUCAUCUUUUAUAAGAUUAUUGAUUAUAUUUUACAUGGAAAAGAAGAAAUCAAAGUCAUUCCGUCACCUCCUGCAGAUCACUGGUGUCUUGUCAGCGGGUUGCCAACGUAUGUUGCUGAAAAUGGAUUUAUUUGUAACAUGAUGAAUGCACCAGCAGAUGAAUAUUUUUCAUUUCAGAAGGGGCCUGUGGAUGAGACAGGCUGGGUUAUCAAAAAUGUCCUGUCUUUGCCUAUUGUCAACAAAAAAGAAGAAAUUGUGGGAGUAGCUACAUUUUACAACAGAAAAGAUGGAAAACCCUUUGAUGAAUUUGAUGAACAAAUCACUGAAAGUCUUACACAAUUCCUUGGAUGGUCUGUUUUAAAUACUGACACCUAUGACAAAAUGAAUAAGCUUGAAAACAGGAAAGACAUUGCUCAGGAAAUGCUCAUGUACCAGACAAAGGCCACCCCUGAAGAAAUUCAGUCCAUAUUGAAAUACAAAGAGAAAUUAAAUGUAACCAGUACUGAAGACUGUGAUGAGAAAGCCCUCCUCAAGAUUUUGAGAGAGGAAUUACCUGAUCCAAAGGAAGUGGAACUUUAUGAAUUCCGCUUCAGUGACUUUCCCGUUACAGAGCAUGGCUUGAUUAAGUGCGGAAUACGAUUAUUCUUUGAGAUAAAUGUGGUUGAAAAAUUCAAAGUCCCAGCAGAGGUACUUACAAGAUGGAUGUACACAGUCAGAAAGGGUUAUCGGGAUAUAACUUACCAUAACUGGCGUCAUGGAUUCAACGUGGGACAGACAAUGUUCACCUUACUAAUGACAGGUAGACUAAAGAAAUACUAUACCGAUCUAGAAGCCUUUGCCAUGGUUGCGGCUGCUUUCUGCCAUGACAUUGAUCACAGAGGGACCAAUAAUUUGUAUCAAAUGAAGUCAGCUUCUCCAUUAGCAAAACUUCAUGGAUCUUCCAUUUUAGAAAGACAUCAUCUAGAGUACAGUAAAACUCUGCUACAAGACGAGAGUUUAAACAUCUUCCAGAACCUAAAUAAGCGCCAGUUUGAAACCGUUUUACAUUUAUUUGAAGUUGCAAUAAUAGCAACUGACUUGGCUUUGUAUUUCAAGAAAAGGACUAUGUUUCAAAAGAUUGUGGAUGCAGUUGAAAAAAUGGAAACAGAAGAGGAGGCAAUUAAAUAUAUAUCUAUCGACCCAACCAAAAAAGAAGUUAUCAUGGCUAUGAUGAUGACUGGUUGUGACUUGUCAGCUAUAACCAAGCCGUGGGAGGUGCAAAGUCAGGUUGCCCUUAUGGUUGCGAAUGAAUUUUGGGAACAAGGUGAUCUGGAGCGAACUGUGCUAGAACAACAGCCAAUUCCUAUGAUGGACAGAAACAAAGCAGAUGAAUUGCCUAAGCUUCAAGUUGGUUUCAUUGAUUUUGUGUGUACAUUUGUAUACAAGGAAUUCUCAAGGUUUCACAAGGAAAUAACACCAAUGUUGGACGGUCUUCAAAACAACAGGGUGGAAUGGAAAACACGGGCUGAUGAAUAUGAAGAAAAGAUGAAAAUUAUUGAGGAAGAAAAGAAAAAGCUGGAAGAAGCAGCAGCCAAAAAAGCUGAAGACGCAGCGAAAGGUGGAGGUGGCGGAGAUGAUGAUGGCAAAUCCAAAACAUGUAUAAUUUUGUAAUGCAUUUCAAUGGCACUAAAAGAAUCUCAAAGUCUAUGUUUCUGCUACAGGAAAAAUAAAACAAACAAUCUAGAAACAACUUCAACAAGCCUCAGUGGAUUUCUGCAAAGCAUAGGGUAGCAUAGGCCAAAUAAUCCUCUUAAACAACUGCCAUCUAUUCAGUGUCAUUACUAAUGCCAUAAAAGAGGCAGAAUCCAUUGAAAACUAGAAAACAUGAAU